UUUGCUGUUUUAUGUAUUCUUAUUAUGAAUGUAUAAGAAAUGUAGAAUAUGAAAGAUCUCAGUGGAUUUUCCAUACAGUAAGUGUUUGCAACAAAAUUAACUUUAAUGAGUAUCCUUGCUAAAGGCCCUUGAAAAAGAGGAAGGCAUUAGCUGGAAGUGACAAUCCCCAUUGGAGGCAGAGCAUCAGAAAAUAUAUGUGGGUGGUAUGUGUUGCAUUUUGGUGCUUUUCUGCUUACUCUGAGGUAGAAAAUCUUGACUUUUUUUUUUUUUUUAGCAGUGGGUCAGACUUUUUUUAAGAAACAGCUCACUUAUUUCAUUGUAUUAUCAGGUUAAAAUAUUCCAAAACCAUACAAAUUCCAAUCUUAAAUGGAGGUGACUAAAUCAGAAGCAGAAGGCCACAAAGGAAGCUGUAAUAGAAAAAUAUAGAAAAAUAGAAAAAAAAUAUAGAAAAAUAGAAAAAACAUUCUCUGGAACUUUUCUCUAGAGCAUCUGUUCUGUCUCAUCCUGCAGUAAAGAGCAGCAGCUUUCCCUAGGGUGGACCUGUGUCCAUGCACACAGCCCAGCCCUUGCCUGCCACCAGACAGAGCAGACCACGGCAUGUAAAGAAGAGCCUGAGGAGCUGGGGUGCCCCCUGAAACUUUCUCCCAGAUCUCUGCUGCGGGGUUUGUGUCUGUGUGCCAGGGAGGGGGGAGAGAAGGAGACCUAGUGCAAAGGAGAGCAAGCAAGGAAGCCAGGAGAGAGAAGGGAGCUUGCUUCAUGCACUGCUGAAGACUGUCAGAGGCAGAGCGCACCAGCAGCUCACUGGCUGGGGUGCAAUUUAAGGGACGCCGUUUAUUGACUUUAUUCAUUAAAUUGCUGAGGGACAGAUAUGACAUCUGACUACUGCUUCUAUAUAUUCUUGCUUAUUGGAACAAAGGUCAUUUGUGACUCCUUGGAAGAUCAUGUUUCUGGAGGCGGUGCCACCUGCCCUCUGGGCUAUUUUCCAUGUGGCAAUAUCACCAAGUGCUUGCCCCAACAACUUCACUGUAAUGGUGAGGAUGACUGUGGGAAUCAUGCUGAUGAAGACAACUGUGAAGACAACAAUGGUUGGUCUCUACAAUUUGACAAGCAUUAUGCAAAGGACAAGUACAAUAAAAUGAAAUCUCUGUAUGCAUUUCAGACCAAGACACCUGAGUGUUUGGCUGGUGCUGUGCCAGCAGAAUGUGUGUGCCAAGGGCUGGAGAUCUUCUGCGAUGCUGUCAAACUGCGUGCUGUCCCUUCGGUCUCUUCAAACAUAACUAUGAUGUCUCUUCAGAGGAAUCUGCUAAGGAAACUUUCUGCUGAUGUUUUCAAGAAAUACCGAGACCUUAAAAAUCUGUAUCUUCAGAAUAAUAAAAUCAGAGCUGUGUCCAAACAUGCUUUCAAAGGUUUAUACAACUUGACAAAACUAUACCUGAGUAACAACAAGUUAACCAAUUUGAAGCCUGGCGUCUUUGAAGAUCUCCAUAAACUUGAAUGGCUGAUAAUUGAAAAUAAUAGAAUAAAUCGGAUCUCUCCAUUAACAUUUUACGGACUCAAAUCACUUAUUCUCCUAGAAAUGAUGAAUAAUUCUCUUGCUCGUUUGCCUGACAAACCUCUGUGCCAAUAUAUGCCAAGACUAAACUGGCUAGACCUUGAAGGCAACCAUAUCCAUCAUUUAAGAAAUAUCACUUUUUUCUCCUGCAACACUCUAACUGUACUGGUGAUGAGGCAAAAUAAAAUCAGCUCUUUAAACGAAAACAGUUUUUCUUCUCUCCAGAUGUUAGACGAAUUAGACUUGGCUAGCAACAAGAUUGAAUCACUUCCUCCAUAUAUAUUUAAGGAUCUAAAGGAGCUUUCACAACUGAACCUUUCUUAUAACCCAAUCAAGAAAAUUCAAAUAGACCAGUUUGAUUUUCUAACUAAACUCAAAUCCCUCUUGGAGGGCAUUGAUAUUGCAAACAUCCAGAGAAGAAUGUUCAGGCCCCUUAGAAACCUCUCCCACAUAUAUUUUAAGAAAUUCCAGUACUGUGGAUAUGCCCCUCAUGUGCGCAGCUGUAAGCCUAAUACCGAUGGGAUUUCAUCCCUUGAGAAUCUCUUAGCUAGCAUUAUACAGAGAGUGUUUGUCUGGGUUGUAUCUGCCAUCACUUGCUUUGGAAAUAUUUUUGUUAUCUGUAUGAGGCCUUACAUCAGAUCGGAAAAUAAGCUCCACGCCAUCUCAAUAAUGUCUCUCUGCUGUGCUGACUGUCUGAUGGGAAUAUAUUUAUUUGUGAUUGGAGCUUUUGAUCUUAAAUAUCGUGGAGAAUACAACAAGCACGCUCAGUUGUGGAUGGACAGUAUUCAUUGUCAAUUGGUGGGAUCGCUGGCUAUUCUGUCUACAGAGGUGUCAGUAUUACUAUUGACAUACCUGACUUUGGAAAAAUACAUCUGCAUAGUUUAUCCUUUUAGGUGUUUGAAGCCCAGAAAAUGCAGGACAAUUUCCAUUUUAGUUCUUAUCUGGAUAAUUGGGUUUGUUGUUGCUUUUAUUCCACUGAGCAAUAAGGAAUUUUUCAGGAACUACUAUGGCACCAAUGGCGUCUGUUUUCCUCUUCACUCAGAGCAAUCAGAAAGUACAGGAAGUCAGAUUUAUUCUGUUGUCAUUUUUUUAGGUGUAAACUUGGCUGCUUUUAUCAUCAUUGUGUUUUCCUAUGGAAGCAUGUUCUACAGUGUUCACCAAACAGCUAUUAUGGCUACUGAAAUUCGGAAUCAUAUCAAAAAAGAGAUGACCCUUGCCAAACGUUUUUUCUUCAUUGUAUUUACUGAUGCGCUAUGUUGGAUACCCAUUUUUAUUUUGAAACUCCUUUCUUUACUUCAAGUAGAAAUACCAGGUACCAUAACGUCUUGGGUGGUGAUUUUUAUCUUGCCAAUAAAUAGCGCUUUGAAUCCUCUUCUCUACACUUUGACUACCCGACCUUUCAAGGAAAUGAUUCACCAGGUUUGGUAUAACUACAGACAGAGAAGAUCCAAGAGAGGCAAAGGCAGUCAGAAAACAUACGGCCCGUCAUUCAUUUGGGUAGAGAUGUGGCCAGUGCACGAAAUCACACCAAAGCUAACAAAGCCUGUGCUUUGUACGGACUCUUCUGAUGCGUCUGUGACUACACAGUCAACGAGACUAAAUCUGUACAUGUAAAUACGUUUUGAAUCUUUACAGUGACAUCUGCACUGUUAGCUUCACAUCCGUGGACUUGCUGCUUUACAGUAAUGAGUCAAAAUGAGGGAGGUAUGAUGGCUGGACUCCCGUGCACCGGAACACACAGCAGGACGAAGUGAGAGCAGUGUGGCUGCUUGCAGGUAGAACCAAUAAAAAUAAAAUUAUUUUCAUCUUGCAACAGUUCCUGACAUUUUGACAGCUCAUCCUGGUUCAGAAUCAAUCUUUUUUUUUUUUUUUUUGCCUCCAACAAGACAGAAGUGUGGAAAAAAGCAUGAACUAUGACUUAAAAUAUCUCAUACUAAAAUCAAAAUGUUUCAAAAUCAUCUCUUUGAAAAAAAAGGCUAUUUUCAAUAAACUUUUUUUUUUAAAUCCCCAUUUCACCAGCUGUUUUUUUCAGAGUUGAUUGGUUUCAUCAUUCAGAAAAUUAUUUUCCCUUUAAAAUUUCUGACUGGCAGACUGCAUACAGCUCUUAAAAGCUCUAGGGAACAAUAGCACUAAGAAAAUAUUUUUAUUUCAUAAUUAGAUGAGUUUAUUGUAGUUGUAAAAGCCAAACAAGUGAACGUUAUUCUUUUAAAAAAUAUAUUAACUAUUUUAAUCAUAUAAAUGAUCCUGAAAUGGUAACAAUUGUUCUAAUUCAAGCAGAACCAGAAUUGUUUUUAAAACAAAAUGAGUUUCUCAACAGUGUCCUCCAACUGUAGCUGGUGGAAGUUUUUCCUUCAGAAGAGCAUCCUUCCCCGGGAAGACCGGAGUGAGUAUCCUUCCCAACAUCUUGAUGCUGCUCUUUUCCUCACCACUUCUUUAUGGGCUUCCCUACGUAGUUCCCCACAGCCUGCACACUUCAACAGAUUUUAAACUCUUUGCAUAUUGAAUAACAAGAGUGUCAAAUAGAUGAUGAUCAAUAUUAAUAGGUGUCAUAACAUCUACACUUUAAUCGCCUUGUACAUCUGAUUGGAUGCAGUACGGUUAAAAUAAUUUUGGAGCACCGCCAUUCUGCACUUUUUGGGCAGCAUUGGGCUUCCCAGUGUAAAUAUUUUUUCCCCUUUUCCCAAAGCAAAAUGAUUUUGUCCCACAUGAAAUGAACCUCUAUACCAAAAAGAGAAGUGCAAGGCAGAGGCAGUUCCUUUGCAUAUACUUAGUGAAGAGAAUCUUUUCUGUUAUGAGUAUGAAUUCCCAAGUUGUUGUAGUACCAUGCUCACAACCCAAAGGCCUGGAGCCCAAGGUGGUGAAAGAAAUUCUUUUGCAUUGAUGUUUUGAAGCUUUUUAAAAGAUACUUCCAAUGUUUGCACUUAACUUCUUAAUAAUGUAAGAAGUAGAACUAAAAACAGUGUGACGCACACUUUGACUGUUUACAGAACUUUGGAUUAUCUUGAAAUCAAAAGUUAUUCAUCCUGUUUCCACAACUGUACGUUUUAUUGAAAUAAUAAAAGAUUAUCUGCUGAU